CGCGCCGUCCGAGCGCGCCCACCUGAGCCCGUCCGCGCCCACCUGAGCCCGUGCGCCGGCGCCAUGGCGGAGCAGGAGAGCCUGGAGUUCGGGAAGGCGGACUUCGUGCUGAUGGACACCGUCUCCAUGCCCGAGUUCAUGGCCAACCUCCGGCUCAGAUUUGAAAAAGGACGCAUCUACACAUUCAUUGGAGAAGUCGUCGUCUCUGUGAAUCCCUACAAGUCGUUGAACAUCUAUGGGAGAGACACGAUCGAGCAGUACAAAGGGCGUGAGCUAUACGAGAGACCCCCACAUCUUUUUGCCAUUGCUGAUGCUGCUUACAAGGCUAUGAAGAGGCGAUCGAAAGACACCUGCAUUGUGAUAUCAGGGGAAAGCGGAGCCGGUAAAACAGAAGCCAGUAAGUACAUCAUGCAGUACAUUGCGGCCAUCACCAACCCCAGUCAGAGAGCGGAGAUCGAAAGAGUGAAGAAUAUGUUGCUUAAGUCUAACUGUGUCCUGGAAGCUUUUGGAAACGCCAAAACCAACCGCAAUGACAACUCAAGCAGGUUUGGAAAAUACAUGGAUAUCAACUUUGAUUUCAAGGGAGACCCAAUUGGUGGACACAUCAAUAACUACUUAUUGGAGAAGUCUCGAGUCAUUGUGCAACAGCCAGGAGAAAGAAGCUUUCAUUCUUUCUAUCAGCUGCUGCAAGGAGGUUCAGACCAGAUGCUACGUUCUUUGCAUCUCCAGAAAUCCUUGUCAUCCUACAACUACAUCCAUGUUGGAGCCCAGCUAAAGUCGUCUAUCAAUGAUGCUGCAGAAUUCAAAGUAGUAGCCGAUGCCAUGAAAGUAAUUGGCUUCAAACCCGAGGAGAUUCAAACAGCGUAUAAAAUCUUGGCUGCUAUUCUUCACUUGGGAAAUUUAAAGUUUGUAGUGGAUGGUGACACCACUCUGAUUGAAGACGGCAAGCUUGUAUCUGUCAUCGCGGAAUUGCUGUCCACCAAGACGGACAUGGUGGAGAAAGCCCUCCUCUACCGGACAGUGGCCACGGGCCGCGACAUCAUCGACAAGCAGCACAGCGAACAGGAAGCCAGCUACGGGAGGGACGCCUUCGCCAAGGCCAUAUACGAGCGCCUUUUCUGUUGGAUUGUUUCCCGCAUCAAUGAUAUUAUUGAGGUCAAGAACUCAGACACCACCAUCCAUGGGAAGAACACUGUUAUUGGUGUCUUGGAUAUCUAUGGCUUUGAAAUCUUCGACAACAACAGCUUUGAGCAAUUCUGCAUCAAUUACUGCAACGAGAAGCUCCAGCAGCUGUUUAUUCAGCUGGUCCUGAAGCAAGAACAGGAGGAGUACCAGCGGGAAGGAAUCCCCUGGAAGCACAUCGAUUACUUCAACAAUCAGAUCAUCGUGGACCUGGUGGAGCAGCAGCACAAGGGGAUCAUUGCCAUCCUCGAUGACGCCUGCAUGAACGUUGGCAAAGUCACUGAUGAGAUGUUCCUAGAAGCACUUAACAGUAAACUGGGCAAACACGGUCAUUUUUCCAGCCGCAAGCUCUGCGCCUCAGACAAGAUCCUGGAGUUCGAUCGAGAUUUUCGAAUUCGACAUUAUGCAGGGGACGUGGUGUAUUCUGUCGUUGGUUUUAUUGACAAAAACAAAGACACUUUAUUUCAAGAUUUCAAGCGCCUCAUGUAUAACAGUUCAAAUCCUGUGCUGAAGAAUAUGUGGCCUGAAGGCAAGCUGAGCAUUACAGAGGUGACCAAGAGACCGCUGACCGCUGCCACCUUAUUUAAGAAUUCUAUGAUUGCUCUGGUAGACAACCUUGCAUCAAAGGAACCAUAUUACGUACGUUGCAUCAAACCCAACGACAUGAAAUCCCCACAGAUCUUUGAUGAUGAACGCUGCCGGCAUCAAGUAGAGUAUCUUGGACUCCUAGAAAACGUGAGGGUGCGUCGGGCAGGCUUUGCCUUCCGCCAGACCUACGAGAAGUUUCUUCACAGGUACAAAAUGAUCUCUGAAUUCACCUGGCCCAACCAUGACCUCCCCUCAGACAAAGAAGCUGUCAAGAAACUGGUCGAAUAUUGUGGCUUUCAGGACGAUGUGGCUUAUGGGAAGACCAAAAUUUUCAUUCGAACACCCCGAACAUUGUUUACCUUGGAAGAGCUCCGUGCUCAGAUGCUUGUAAGGAUUGUCCUCUUUCUACAAAAGGUGUGGCGGGGCACCCUGGCCCGCAUGCGGUACAAGAGGACCAAAGCAGCGCUGACAAUUAUCAGAUACUACCGUCGCUACAAAGUCAAGUCCUACAUCCACGAGGUGGCCAGACGCUUCCACGGCAUCAAGACCAUGAGGGACUAUGGCAAGCACGUGCAGUGGCCAACCCCGCCUAAAGUUCUUCACCGUUUUGAGGAGGUCCUACAGGCCAUUUUUAAUAGAUGGAGAGCAUCCCAACUUAUCAAGACCAUACCUGCUUCAGACUUGCCUCAAGUUAGGGCAAAGGUUGCAGCCGUGGAAAUGUUGAAGGGUCAACGGGCUGACCUUGGGCUCCAGAGAGCCUGGGAAGGCAACUAUCUUGCUUCGAAACCAGAUACACCUCAGACCUCAGGCACAUUCGUCCCCGUUGCGAAUGAACUGAAACGGAAGGACAAAUACAUGAACGUCCUCUUUUCCUGUCAUGUCCGUAAGGUGAAUCGAUUUAGUAAGGUGGAAGAUCGAGCAAUUUUUGUCACUGACCGUCACCUGUAUAAAAUGGAUCCCACUAAGCAGUACAAGGUGAUGAAGACUAUCCCUCUAUACAAUUUGACCGGUCUGAGCGUCUCCAAUGGAAAGGACCAACUUGUAGUGUUCCAUACAAAAGACAACAAAGACCUAAUUGUCUGCCUCUUCAGCAAACAGCCAACCCACGAGAGUCGAAUUGGAGAACUGGUUGGAGUCCUGGUGAAUCAUUUCAAGAGCGAGAAGCGCCACCUGCAAGUCAACGUCACCAACCCGGUCCAGUGCAGCCUGCACGGGAAGAAGUGCACAGUCUCCGUGGAGACACGGCUCAACCAGCCGCAGCCUGACUUCACCAAGAAUCGCUCGGGCUUCAUCCUCAGUGUGCCCGGCAACUGAGGCACAGGGAGACGAGGGCUGCCCGCCCAGCCACCACUAGACACCCGCUUGUCAGGGUCCAGGCUGGGAGGGAGCCCCCUGCCUCCCCUGCGACUCCUCCCCGAGGGCCAGCCCGGCUUCUGCCUUUGAUCUCUGCCUUCCUCUGUCCUGACUGUCCAUGGCUCCCUCAACAAAUCAAAGACCCUGUGUCCAGCCCAGCCUGCAGCAGCCCCUCCAAAACAGCUCCCCUCUGGUCAGCAAGGGCCACCCCCAUGCCAGGUCAGAUUGGCCUGCCUGGCCCUGUGACUGGCCCUGCCAGGGGAGGGCUGGGGGAGCCUGGAUGUCGUUUCCAACCAAAGCCAAGCCCCUGGAGUUGGGGGCGGCUGUGGGGAGGUAGCCCUGCCCUCUCUCUGGGGCCAGCUGCUCCUUCCUCCCCAAGGUGAUGGCAACCCCACACCCUGGUUCAGGGAGCUUCUCAGAGCUCCCCGUGGACCCCAUCUCCCCAGCAGCCCGCCAAGACCACCAGGUGAGCAGGUUCACCUGGAGAACCAGCCCCUCCGCCCAGGAGCCCCUGGCCAAAGGAGCCAUCCCGCCCAGCGGGCAGUCUGUCCUGCUCAGAGCCGGCCCCAGCCCCUUGACCCUCUGCCCAGAGAGCAUGGCUCUGGGAGUGCCACAGGAAUCGUCUUACUUAUCCAUGCAGCCCAGGCCGUGGUGGACUUACACUUAUUUCUGCAGUUAGGAGCAGGGUUACUAACCAGAUACCACGUCUGCUGUACCCACACUGGUGUCAGGAACACUAAUAAAAUGGAAUAAAAGGGGAGCACUCGGGGGUCUAGAAGUUUUCCCCCUCUAACGCCUCUGCCUCACACUCACAUGGAGAACCAGGCCGGGGGCGGGAGGGUCGGGGCCCACAGGAACUUGGGGAAUGGGAGCGAUAGGAAAGAGAGCGGGGGUCCUGGCACUGCGGGCCAGGCCAGGAUGCCCACCCAGGCCAGGAGAGUGGUCACCCUGCCAGUCCCUGCCCUGCAGAGGGUACGCGUGUUCCAGACGCCCCGGGACCACGCCGCACUCCCCUGGGCAGCCCCGGGCCUCCCAGCCUGGAACCUUCAAGAGUCAAGACCCAGGCACCCCAUGUGGUUAAGGGGGCGCUAAGAAUGAGCCCACGCCCCAGGUGGAGCCAGGCAGGGUGUCGAAAAGAACACUGUUUCGCCGCUGGGGCUCCUCCCCGACCCCCCUCCACGCUCCUCCCCCCGUCCCCCUCCACGUUCCUCCUACCCCACACCCCAGCCCCGCCUGGCACACCCAGGGCCCACCGCCACCCCGAGGAUGCCGAGCACAUGCACACCCCAUACCAUCCACAGCACAAGAGCCCUGCUGCCAUCCAGGUCUCUGAAACCCACUCUCAUCCUCCAAGCCUGGUCAGCUGCCCGCACAGGGCCCCAUUCAGCAACACCCACAGCUUUGCCAACUGCCUUGACACUAUCGGUCCUCCCUAACUGGAACAUCGCCUCUCCUUUCCACUUACUGCCCCAAACUUGUUGCUUUACUAGAUACAUGCAAAUGUUAUGUUUUAGACACACCAAAACAGAAUAUGCCAAACGAGUGCCUUUCGGAGGCUGGAGAGGAAGGGGGAGUCCGGAGUCCCACCUCCCACUGUUGGGUGUGGCCUCUGGCCCUUGAGCUCAGCGCCCCCCGGCUGAGGGCCGUUGCACCAGCACCGUCCACAAGCACUUUUUCAUGAUGUCCUGCAAGAAGUCAGUGUGUGCGGCCACUGAAGGAAAGAAUUUCAGGUGUGAUCACGGCGCCGAAGGCAAAGCAGGGGGGACACAGUGAUUGUAUGCAAUGAAGUGUUUUCUCGUGAUUUAGUUAAGUGUGGUUUUAUGGUUUGGUGCGUAUAUUCCUAUUUUCCAUUAAAUUAACUUUAUUUCUAAAGCAUAUUUUGAUUUAUCAUCAAGAGCAAUAAAGCAUUAAAUCUUA